AUGAAUGCAAUUGUCGACAGCUACUAUCGAUAUCAGACACUAACAACACUAGAUCUCCAUGACAAUCAAAUUAGUGAUGAAGAAGCACAACACCUCGGCAAAGCUCUCGAACAAAACAAAACACUAACCACAUUAGACCUUUCUUACAGUCGAAUCGGUGAUGAAGGAGCACAACAUCUUGGCAAAGCUCUCGAACAAAAUGAAACACUAACUACACUGGAUCUUCGUGACAAUCAAAUCAGUGUUCAAGGAACACAACAUCUUGGCAAAGCUCUCAAACAAAACAAGACACUAAUUACAUUGAAUCUCUCGAACAAUCAAAUCGGUGAUAAAGGAACACAACAUCUUGGCAAAGCUCUCAAACAAAACAAAACAUUGGCAACACUGAACCUCAAUUGGAAUCAAAUCGGUCAUGAAGGAGCACAACAUCUUAGUAGAGCUCUCGAACAAAACGAAACACUGGCCACACUAGACCUCACUAAAAAUCAAAUCGGUGAUCAAGGAGCACAACAUCUUGGUAGAGCUCUCGAACAAAACAGAACACUAACCACACUGAAUCUCUCUUGCAAUCAGAUUGGUCAUCAAGGAGGACAACAUCUUGGUAGAGCUCUCGAACAAAACAAAACAUUAACAGCACUGAACCUCACUUGGAAUCAAAUCGGUGAUGAAGGAGCACAACAUCUUGCCAAAGCUCUUGAACGAAACAAAACACUAACCAGACUGAGCCUCUAUUGCAAUCGAAUCGGUAAUGAAGGAGCACAACAACUUGGCAAAGCUCUCGAACAAAACAAAACACUAACCACACUGAGCCUCUAUUACAAUCAAAUCAAUGAUGAAGGUGCACAAUAUCUUGCCAAAGCUCUUGAACAAAACCAAACACUAACCACACUAAAUCUUCGUUACAAUCAAAUUGGUGAUGAAGGAGCACAACAUCUUGCCAGAGCUCUCGAACAAAACAAAACGCUAAUAAGACUGGUCCUCCGUUGCAAUCAAAUUGGUAAUGAAGGAGCACAACAUCUUGCCAAAGCUCUUGAACAAAACAAAACACUAAUAACAUUGGACCUCAGUUGGAAUCGAAUCGAUGAUGAAGAAACACAACAUCUUGUCAAAGUUCUCAAACAAAACAAAACUAGUCCUCCGUCAGAAUCAAAUCGAUGA